AUGUGUUCAUUUCCAGAUCCACAAUACUUCAACUCGCUUCCACCGCAUUUACCAGCCGCGAUACUCCCUCCAAACGGACCCAGCGUUCGAGGCCAGGGUUAUCAAUCUGUGUCUGCCUACACCAGUCCUCCUCCAUUUAAUGGCGAUGCACCGAUUUUGUCGGUGAUCAAUGAAGAUGGCAACGCUCCGAGGAAUCGUAGGGGAACAACAAGAGAAAAUCAACGUGAACGGCAUUCGGAUCAACCAAGGCGUGGCAGAAAUGCGGACAACUAUUCAACGAAUGAAACGAUGAACACACAUAAUUCUUAUGGAAGAAAAAAACAAGGAGGUGGCCCUCGCUUUAAUCAGAAGUAUGCUGAAGGUGAUUCGUGA